GCUCUGACAUCACCGCAACACUCACAUUCAAGAUGGCGGAGAGUCACGUCUGCAGUUGUGUGUUGUAAAUAAAGUAUCCGGUUAAAUCAGCUGAACUGUGUUCUGAGCUCAGAGCGGGGGAGAGCAGUUAAACACAGCGGGCUCGGAGAGAUCGGGACGCGGCCGGUUCUCUCAGCGCGGAGCGGCGGAGAGGAUCUGAGGAAAGCUCCCCUGUGAAGUUAUGAGGGAUUGUUCAUAAGCAGGAGCGGUGGCGGCGUGUGCGUGUGUGUGUGCCCGCGGGAUGGAGAGCGACUGCAGGAUCCCGAUGGCCUGUCUGAGACCCAAAGUUCUGGCCCUGCAUGCACUCUUCUGGGGCCUGGUGUCUCUCCGAGUGUUUGGGGCAGCACUUCUAAGUGAAGAGAAGACCACAGCAACAAAGGCUGCGGCCGUGCCGUGCUGGCAAGUGGAAGAGUUUGUAGUUGCUUCAGACUGCACCUUCUGUGCAGAUUUCCAAUCAAUUUUGAUACCAGCCUGCAGCGUGACAGGAUAUGUGGAGAAGAUUAACUGUACCAAGUCCAGCAAAGACGAGUACAAGAGCUGCCGCUCUGCAAUGAUGGAGGAGCACAUAUUCUGGAAGUUUGAGGGCGCUAUGUUGGGGCUUACAGUGAUCUUUGCCCUGCUAGUGGUUGCCCGGCAGCGCUCCUUAGACCGACAAGCCUCAGAAAAGGUUCGCAGGCAGAUAGAAUCCAUUUAGUAUUCUGAACUAUAUUAAGAUCUGUUGCACAAAUCUGACCAGGAGGUUCCAUUGCUCUGAGGUUACAGCUAAGGUCAGCUUUAUACAGUGUUAUACAGUGUUUAAGCACUGCUGUACUAACCAGUCCACAUCCCAGGUUUCUGAUUCAGCAAGAUUUUUGAUCACUAGAGACACUGCACAAAAUCUGACACAUCUCUCUGGAUGGACAUGAUGGUCUUUUUCAUUCUGACAUUUAAUAUGGAUGACGACCCAUAUGCAACCACGCAAAAUUGACCUUUUCCACAAGGUUAUUCAGGCUAUGCUACAGUGAUGCUGUUUUAACUGUGAACCUGUAAAUGAUUGAAAUAGUAGAAUCAGCAUCCAUAUAGAACAAGGGAUCAAACUUGGACAUAACAUGAGAAUAUGAAAAACGACUGACAGAUCCUGGACAGUUUCUUUUUCUGUGCACACAUCAUAUGUAAGGCUGGCAAAAUGUGAUCUCACUAUGGGUUUAUGUAAAUUUGUCAUUUGUUUAAAAUACCACACAUGGUUUUGGGGAUAUGGGAAAGAUGUGUUCUAUGCCUUUGAGCCUGAAAAUGCUGAUCUAUCUUAUUUAGAAGUGUCUGAUACUCAGAUAUUUUAAUCACACAGCUCUGCCCCUACAUUUUUUAAAUGUGUGUUCCAAAUCGUACUAUUUGUAAUUAUUGACCCUAAAAAUGGGUGUUUGCCUCUUUUGUUGUAGGGUAAGACUUAAUAACUUAAAGGCUUAAUAAUGAAUCUCAAUGCUUUAUGAUGAACAGUUUGCUAUAAUAGACCAUUAUUGGAAACAGAAAAGUGUUUUUCUUUUAAUUGUGUUAAUUUGGAUUUUUAUUACGGGUUAUGCAUUUUGGAAUGAAUCUUUUGAGUUGUCCUCACUUUCCCACAUUAAACCUCAGCAAAUGUGCAGUGAUGUAUAAUUUGAUUUAUUUAUAUAAUAUCUCCAAAUAAUAUUUUCAUUAGAAAUUUCAAAAAUAUUUUUUUUUCUUAAAAAAGUACAUACACAUUGUUCAUAAUUUUCAGCGUGUGGCCGAUCUGUCUUUUACCUGGCUGACAAUUUACUUAUACUUUUAAACGAAUAACACGCUGGGUACUGCACUUUCUGUCGCUGCUGAUUUCUCUUUAAAACACUGCAGAUUUAUUUAAUCUGUUUGGUUAAAAUUGUAGUAAAGCUGCAUUUUGCUGACUAACAUUUGCCAGUGUUUUGUUUUUUAAUUACUGGUUGAUCGAGAGAUGUAAGGUAACUAACUAAAGUCUUUUUGUCUUUAACUUGUGCUUUGAGAUCCAGCUGUUUUCUUUAAACUCUUCACAUGUGUGAUCUGGUGUGUAAAGCAAGCUGGCAAAGUUAUGUUUCAUCAUAUUUGUUAAUGCACAGGAAAAAACGGCUGCAUGCUUUUGGCCAGGGGUUCCUCAUUGGCCAGGUUUACUGGCCCACCCAAAUUGUAGAUAAUGUAUUUUUUAUGAGAGAUGUGAUAUUUCCUAUUCUGUGUGUGUAAAUAAGGGAACUGAGAAAUAAAACAAAAAUGAAAAAGUG